AUGGACCGGUUUGCAUUCGCCAGUGAUGUGUGUACUAAAAUGCGUGCAUUUACUGGUACUCUUUCGGGUGUCAUGAGGUCACCAGUAGUCAUCACUAACCACUCGCCACACAUACACCUGACAAUGUCAGAGGAGCAGAAGAUUGUGCAGGAAAUCGUCGAGGAGCAAGCUCCUGCGCUACCAAGCAGCGAGCCACCCACAGAGGAUGUGGGCAAACCUCCUGAAUCCGAGGUCACCGAGGAACCAAAGGCGGAAGAAAAGCCGACUGAUGAAGCUGCAAAAGAGGAGAAACCGGCUUCGCGUAUCUUUAAACGACCUACUCUGAAAUGGGGAAAGAAACGUGAUGAGCCGGCAGCUCCAAAAGAGCCAGAACAAGCAAAAGAUAUCCGCGAGGAUGCUCUUGGAUGGAUUGCGCAACAGAUUCCCCCAGCUGUACACAAGGUGAAUUUCUACGUUCUGGAUUGGGCACAAAAACUCGCCUACGAUGAGUCCGAAAGGCCUGCGUUGCCAGGAAAAGACUGCUCGAUGACCCGCAAUCAGUUCCUGUCACACUUGCGCGACGGGAAACUGCUUGCUGCUUUAGCCAACAAACUCCAGCCUGGUGCAGUCGAUAUCGAACCUGAAGUAGCCGUGAAGGAACCUGCAGCCUUGACAGAGUCUGUUCCAGCAGCAGAAGGAGAGAAACCCACGGAAACUCCGGCGGAACCAGAAGCAUCCAAAGAUGAAGAGGGGAAGGGUGAACCCGCAGUUGAGCCUGCUAAGCCUGAAGAAAAGCCUGCUCCUACUGAAAAGACCCCAAAAGAAAAGCAGGCCGAACUUGUUGGCAAGUUCGCUUCAUGGGCGAAAGAAAGUCUUGGACUCGAUGAAGGAAAGGCUAUGACUGCUGCCGACCUUUUGGAAAAGGGCAAAGCAGGCUACCCAGCCGUUUUCGAGACGCUCUGGCAACUCGCCCUCAAGGCACAAGAGAAGUUCCAACAAGAGGGCAUUGACGUUGAUGCUGUUCUGGCUGCUGCAAGUCAAGUUGUGCGCACAAACAUCAUUCAAAGUUUUUUGAACUUCUUCAGGCGUCGUCCGGCUCCCGCCACUGAAAAGAAGGACGAACCUGUACAGCCUCCAGCUGGUGGUGGAGAUGCAGCGCCAAAUGCACCAGAAGGCGAGCAAGUGGUGGAGGAGGAAUGCAAAAAAGUUGAUGCUUUGACGUCGCCAGCUGUUGCAGCUAACUAG